AUGGAAUCAUCCUCUCCCAAUGCAUUGGAUUUGGCAUUGAAUCAUUGCCGAUCAACAUUAAAACAAGCCAUACAAGAUUAUUUGUUAUCAUCUUCACUUUCGGAAGAGUGGGAUGAAUCAACCAUAGUAUCCAAAAAGAAGAAGAAGAACAUGAAUCAACCUUCUCAUCAUCAUCAUGACCUGGAUGGUCAUUCAUUCUCUCCUCCUCUCUUCACCUCCCGUGAAUUUCCGAAUAUUCAUCAAGCCUUUGAUUUAUUUAUGAAAGACUAUGAAAGAGAAAUCAUUCAACCGUUCCGAAAUUUAGAACAAGCCUUUGAGAAAUGUUUGGCAUUCUUUUAUGAACAAUUAUGGAGUAAAAGAAUGGAGAAUAACGAUUCAGUAGUAUCAGGAUGGAAUUUCAUGGAUUCUUCUUGUUUGAAAGAAUUUCAAUAUUUUGACAUGGGAGAAGAAAUAAGUAAGAAGGGAAAUCCAACACCAAUUAAUUACCAAUUUUGGAUAGAUCGUCAUGAUGAAAAAAGUGGACAAAAUACCUCCAAUAUCAUUCUCAUUCCAUACGAUUGUAAGAAUUUACUCUCUCAUUUCAAAGAACUCUUGUUCGGAAUCACUAUUGAGGAAAAAGAAACCUCUUCGAAGAGUAGACGAUUAUUCCCACAUCCGAAAUAUCUGUACAUGUUUUUCUAUCGCCUCUGUAUGACUAUUGAAAGAAUUCGAUCAGUCACAAUGAUGUAUGAUUUUACUUCGGCAAACAUGAACUUGGCGAGAGAGUUUUUUGUGAGGAAAUGCUUUUUGGGAACUCCUCAAACAAGUGAAUCAAGAACAUCUGAGGAUGUGGACCAAUUACAAAGCACAAGUGAUGAAUGUUUAAUUCAAGACAGAGCGUUUCAAUUGUUUGAAGCAACAAGACAACGCAUCAUGGACAAAAUUGUGAAUGAUCAUGCCGAGUCAAAAGAAAAAGAAUACAAAAAUUUGUCUUCCAUUGUUGGAAGAGGAGUACAUCUUGAAAGCAAGUAUUCAGGAAGAAUUAUUUUCACAAAAUUAGAAACACAAUAUAUAGCGGGGAAAAUAAUUUUUGAGGGAAAAGUUCCUUCCAAAGAAAAGCAGAAAUAUCCUACUUUUGAAUCGUUGCAAGAAGAGGACAAGAAGAAACCUCAAGAAAGAAAAUCAUUUAUGGAUUACAUUUACAGAAUUCGUGGAUUUGUGACCGCUGGCCAUGAAACUUUUAAAUUUGCGAAAAUUCUGGACACCAUGUCACAACUGCCAAAGAACGAGGCAAUUUUGGAAGAGCAAAAUUUUGAACCAACCAGUUUACCACCUCUAUCGAUUCAAAAAACGUUUAACACACAAUUUUACGACAAACAUGCUCCAGGACAAUUCCUCUCGAACAGUCUUUCAGAACUUGUGAGGGCCUAUUUGAGGAACGUGGCUGACAGAAAUAACUCUCUUGUUGACUUUAGAAGACAAAGGAUGAAUAUCAUGAAAAAUAGGCUGACAUUUGUUGCCAAUAAUGGAGAGUACAAAAUGGAUUAUAGAACCUCCAUCAUAAUUAAGAGAAUGAGACAUCGUUUAAAGUACUUGCUGUCUCAGCCAAAUCACUCUGUGCCAAUAGAAAAGAAGGAAGAAGCCAUUAUUGCCUAUUUGAGAAUGAUCUCCAGCUAUUUGAGGUGA